GGCAAGCGCCACCGUCGUGCCAUAAUCUAUCACUCAGUUGCUGUUUGCAUUGGCACUUGAGCGGAUUAUAGAUUUGUUUAUGUUAUCCCGCAUUGAUCGUUUCGAAAUGACCUUCGAGGACGCAGAUGAUACCAGAUAUGUGAUAAGCGGAGGACCCGAACCCAAGAACAUUACCGAAGGAUACGGAUCGCUCGGAGCUUUUCUCAGAAACCGAAUGCGUUUGAAUGGCAACGAUGUUGCGGUGAUUGACGGUAUCUAUGGCACUGAGUUGCGUUACCUGGAAUUACUGGAACAAGCUUCCCGAUUGGGAGAGUGCUUACGUACUCUUGCAGGGAUUCAAAUCGGCGAUGUGGUCGGAAUAGUUAGUGAAAAUCGGCUGGAAUUUCCACCAGUUUUGUUUGCCGCAUUCUUCGUCGGAGCAACAGUGGCGCCAAUAAAUCUUACCUACACCGAACGUGAGAUGGAACAUGCAUUCAAUUUAUCCAAACCGAAGAUAAUCUUUGCGUCACCAUUCUCCGCCGACCGAGUGGUGGCCGCCGCCAGGAAAACCAAACACAUAGAACGCAUUGUUUUGUUUGGAGAGGAAAACCCUUUCGGAAACGAUGUGAUACUCUACAAUGAUUUUCAAAGCUCCGUCUCGUUCGUCAAUCCAUUGAAUUUUUACAUUCCACCGGUGAACAUUGACGAACAUGUGGCCUUGAUUAUGUGUUCCUCUGGUACGACUGGGUUACCGAAAGGAGUACAACUCACUCACGCCAACUUGCUGGCUAGCAUUGCUUUGUUGAAGGAAUCGUCGCAGCUUAUGGAUCCCCCGCCUGGUGGAAUGGUUUUGCUCGGUGUUCUGCCAUGGUUUCACGCAUACGGUUGCCUGACUCUGAUUAACAUAAUUUGCAACAAGCAAAAGCUGGUCUCGCUUCCAAAAUUCGAGGAGGGUCUAUUUCUUAGCUGCAUUGAAAACUAUCGCUGCACUAUGGUGUUCGUCGUUCCGCCGCUAGUCGUUUUCCUGGCCAAGCAUCCGUUAGUUGACAGUUACGAUCUGUCCAGUGUUGAUACUCUACUGUGCGGUGCAGCUCCAUUGAGCAAGGAAACGGAAGAUUUAGUCAAGCAACGCUUGAACAUUCGGCACGUUCGUCAAGGCUACGGAAUGAGCGAAACUACGCUCGCCACUUUGGUUCAAAGUGAAGACAGUCACAAAGCUGGCAGCGUUGGAAAAGUUCAAGUGGGGACACUAGCAAAAAUAAUUGAUCCGAAGACUGGAAAGAUUUUAGGUCCAAACCAGCUCGGUGAGUUGUGCUUCAAAGGUUCACAGAUCAUGAAAGGGUACAUCGGGAACGAUCAAGCCACUCGUGAAACGAUCGAUCACGAUGGAUGGUUGCACACUGGUGAUAUUGGGUAUUUUGAUGAGGAUAAAGAAUUUUUUAUUGUUGAUCGAUUAAAAGAAUUGAUCAAAUAUAAAGCCUUUCAAGUGCCACCCGCUGAAAUAGAAGCGAUAUUGUUGACCAAUCCAAAGGUGAAAGACGCAGCUGUAAUUGGUUUACCAGAUGAAGAAGCUGGAGAGCUUCCAUUGGCAUUCAUCGUAAAACAAGAAGGUGUAGAAAUAACCGAAGCUGAAAUUAAACAGUACGUAGCCGAACGAACUUCACCGGCGAAGAGACUUCACGGAGGCGCCCGAUUUAUCAACGAAAUACCAAAGAAUUUAAGUGGAAAAAUACUACGAAAAGACCUGCGAGCGAUUAUACAGAAGCCAAAAUCGAAGCUUUAACAUUUCUGCUAAACUGGAACUAUUUCGGAAAAUGGGAACAAGUCAGCUUAUUUCAAUGGUGACAAUAAAUUUCGGGGAUUUUA